UUUAAAUCAAAGAGUUUUUUUUUUUUUUAAAUAAGAAUAAACCGAAUGGAAAGACAGUUCUGACCUCACAAGACAAGACCAUCUUCGUCUCCCCAGUGGCGUGACUACUCCAACCUCGACGGCGCCGGCACCGGCGCGACUGCUCUAACUCACCGGACCCAGUCCACUUAGCUCUGGAUCUCUCUCUCCUCUUGUGUUCGUUGCCAUCACCCAAGGUUUCAAUUGAUACACCGUACUUAAUCGUGAAGUUUACCUGAAAAGCAAUCAUGGACGGAAUAUUCUUGUUGCAAAACUAAAGCUUAUAGUGGAAGAGCACUACCUGAAGUUUUACUGCAAUGGGAGUCAGAUGUCUCUUCUCUGAAUGUAUGAUUGUUGGGUACCUCCCAAUCUUCCAUUAGUACAUUGUCAACAGAUGUCUCUACAUUCUACUAGCCAUGUUGCCUUAAGCAUGACUCUUGAUUAGUGUUCUACGAAGAAAUUUUUUGAGUUUGAUAUGAUCAGUCCACACAGAACAAAUGCAAUUCAAAAACUCGCUACUCUUGGAACCUUCAAAGUCCAGUCUUCUUUUAGAACAUCCUUCAAUGCUGACAACUUCACUGAUGCCCGUAUUAUCAAAACCGGAUUUGAUCCUGACAUAUGUCGCUCAAACUUCAAGGUUAUGGAUGCUGUUCGCAGGGGUGAUUUAUCUCAUGCACAUGGCCUGUUUGAUCAAAUGCCUCAAAAGAAUACUAUCACCACUAAUCUUAUGCUUUCCAGUUACGUAAAACAAGGAAACAUUUCUACUGCUAGACAGUUGUUUGAUAGCAUGCUUCAACGGACGACCGUAACAUGGACAAUACUAAUUGGUGGAUACUCGCAACGUAAUGAAUUUUCAGAGGCCUUUAAGCUUUUUGCUGAGAUGCACAGGAGGGGAACACAACCAGAUUAUGUGACUUUUGCAACACUCUUAUCAGGAUGCACUGAUCUGGAAAUAGCCAGUGAGGUAGCUCAAGUUCAUGCCCAUAUUAUCAAACUUGGAUUCAAUUCGGUCCUCAUGGUUAGCAAUACAUUGAUCGACUUGUAUUGCAAAACACAUUGUCUUGAUUUGGCUUAUAGAGUGUUCAAGGAAAUGCUUGUCAGAGAUUCUGUGACGUUCAAUGCAUUAAUAACAGGUUACUCAAAGGAUGGCCUUAAUGAAGAAGCAAUUAAACUCUUUCUGGAAAUGCAAAAUUUUGGUUACAAGCCUUCAGAUUUCACUUUUGCAGCUGUGUUAAGUGCUGGUAUUGGUUUGGAUGACUUAAAAUUUGAGCAACAAGUUCACGGGUUUGUGGUGAAGACUAAUUUUGUUUGGAACGUCUUUGUGGGCAAUGCAUUGCUUGAGUUUUAUUCCAAACAUGACUAUCCAAUUGAAGCGAGGAGACUUUUCGAUGAAAUGCCAGAAUUGGAUGGUGUUUCAUAUAACAUAAUGAUCACUGGGUAUGCAUGGAAUGGGCAGUUCAGGGAGUCUCUUGAUCUAUUCCAAGUGCUGCAAUCUACCAAAUUUGAUAAAAGGCAAUUUCCAUUCGCAACCAUGUUAAGCAUAGCAGCAAUUACUUCAAACUUGGAAAUGGGUCGGCAACUCCAUUCCCAUACCAUUGUGACAACAGCAGUUUCUGAAAUUUUGGUUGCGAAUGCCUUGGUUGACAUGUAUGCCAAAAUUAACAAGUUUAAGGAGGCCAAAGCAAUCUUUUCUAAUUUGAGCCAUAGAAGUAAAAUCCCAUGGACUGCCAUGAUCUCAGCUUACGUUCAGAAUGGCCUGCAUGUAGAAGGCCUAGAAUUGUUUAAUGACAUGCAAAGAGCAAAUGUUAGUGCUGACCAGGCCACUUUUGCUAGUGCCUUACGAGCCUGUGCAAAUUUAGCAUCUCUCUCUCUUGGAAGACAAUUACACUCGUUUUUAAUAAGAUCAGGCUUCAUGUCCAAUGUGUUCUCUGGAAGUGCCCUCUUAGAUAUGUAUGCAAAAUGUGGAUCCAUGAAGGAUGCACUUCAAACAUUUCAUGAGAUGCCCACGAGGAAUCCAGUCUCUUGGAAUGCUUUAAUAUCAGCUUAUGCACAAAAUGGGGAUGGUGAGGGCACUUUCAGAUCCUUUGAACAGAUGGUCCAGUCAGGUUUUGUACCAGAUUCAGUUAGCUUCCUUAGCGUUCUAAGUGCCUGCAGCCACUGUGGGCUUGUAGAAGAAGGAUUGAAGUAUUUUAACUCCAUGACUCACUUGUAUGAACUUGUUCCAAAGAGAGAACACUAUGCAUCGAUGAUUGAUGUGUUGUGUCGAAGUGGACUGUUUGAUGAAGCAGAGAAGUUGAUGGCUCAAAUGCCUUUUGAGCCUGAUGAGAUCAUCUGGUCGUCAAUUCUAAAUGCAUGUCGAAUUCAUAAGAAUCAAGAAUUGGCGGCUAAAGCAGCAAACCAGCUUUUCAACAUGGAAGAACUAAGAGAUGCUGCUCCUUACGUGACCAUGUCAAAUAUUUAUGCAGCUGCAGGCGAGUGGGACAGUGUUGGGAAAAUGAAAAAAGCCAUGAGGGAGAGAGGGGUCAGAAAGAUAACAGCACACAGCUGGGUUGAGAUUAAACAUAAAGUUCAUGUAUUCACAGCAAAUGAUAAGAGCCACCCACAAAUGGGUGAGAUUAAAAGAAAGCUUGAUUCAAUGGCAAUUCUGAUGGAAAAGGAAGGAUAUAAACCUGACACAAGCUGCGCUCUACACAACGAGGAAGAGGAAAUCAAGGUAGAGUCCCUAAAGUAUCAUAGCGAACGGUUAGCGAUUGCUUAUGCGCUGAUUAGUACGCCAGAAGGAACGCCCAUUGUGGUGAUGAAGAAUUUAAGAGCAUGCACAGACUGCCAUACUGCAAUUAAGUUCAUCUCUAAGAUUGUCCAGAGAGAGAUUACAGUCAGAGAUUCGAGCAGGUUUCAUCAUUUUAGAGAUGGGUUUUGUUCUUGUGGAGACUAUUGGUGAUUUAUUUUUUCACUUGCUCAGAGAGGUCAGUGGAUCAAAUUUGCAUUACAUAUUAGAGAGUGCUCCUGUAUAAUUUGAAAACUUCUAUCUUCAUACCGAAACAAUAAUUUAACGUGCUUAUUAUCAAUUUAAAAAGCAGAACAGUGAAUUAUUUUAAAGGAACAAUGCGUUUAGCAGAUAAAUCUUUGAAUCAAAUUAAGGGAAAAGGAAGAGAAAAAGGCUACUAUAAAUUCAGGUCCUUUCUCAUAUCAUUAUUAUGGUUUAUUACAUCUGCACUUAUCAGUUCUCACUUAUAGCAGAUGCCAUAUCUGCACUGGAGGAGGAGCAUGUUGGCUCAAGUUGUUUCUAUUUACUCUGCUGGAUUUUUGUCUCCCACCCCAAUUCAGAAACAAAUUAAGGCAAUUGCUAAACUGGUUGUGGAAAAGCAUUGGAAUAAUCUGUUCAUUUAUUCUUCCGAGCCAAUGUUGUAAAAGCCUUUAAUUUGUUAGUAAUGUUGGUUUUGGCUUCAAUACAAGAACACGGUGAGCCAAGUUUUAGAAGAGAAGGACCAAGGACUUGAGACUUGUUUAUAUUUGGCGGUUUGAGACUUGAGAGAGACAACUCUUGUAAAAUCUGUAUGUUUAACAGUUCCAACACAAGUUCCACGCUUCAUUGGCAUAGACUCACCUUUUACUUUCACGGCAAGAAAGACCACGACUUCUGCUUGGUCUCAGACUCCAACCUCUACAUCAACGCCCACUUCAUCGGAAAACGAAACCCUAACAUAAUCGGAGACUUCACCUGAGUCCAAUCCCUCGAAAUUCUCUUCGACAACCACAAGCUCUUCAUUGGCGCCAAGAAGACCCCAACAUGGAGUGGCGCCGUGGACCGCCUCUCCCUCGCCUUCGAAGGCGAGCCCCCUCCUCCUCCAUACCGGCGUGGGAGCCACUUAGUAGUGUCGGGAGUCUUCGGUGGUUGUGUCAAGAAUCCAGGACUUGAAUUCGGUUGAGAUCGAAGUGGAAGGGAAUUUCAAGAUCAAAGCCACGGUGGUGCCGAUCACCGAGAAUGAGUCGCGGAUUCACCGGUAUGGGAUCAAUGAGGAGUGCUUUGCCCAUCUUGACGUGAGCUUCAAAUUCUAUGCAUUGAGUGGGGAAGUGAAUGAAGUUCUGGGCCAGACUUACUGGAAGAACUACGUGAGCCGAGUGAAGAUGGGAGUGGCCAUACCAGUGCUCGGCGGCAAGCGAGUCGCUUCAAGCCUUUUCGUGGCGGAUUGUGCAGCGGCGAAGUUUGAUGGGAAGUUUGGGAAAGGAAAAGGUGGUUUUGAGGAGUUUGUUGGUAUGGAGUGUGGUAGUUUAAUGGGUGGUCACGGUGUUGUGUGCAUAAAGUGAUGAUAUGAUCAAUAGUGUUUGUGGAAUAAUUAUGGGAAAUGUCGUUAAUUUCAUUAUUUGAUUAAAAGUUAAAAGUACCGUUCUAAGGGUACUGUGUUUAAUAAAGAAAAUUAUAUAUUUUUCAA